AUGUCCACCAACGACAAGGCGGUGUCGAAACGGACUGCAAGGCAAACGGGGGAGUAUUCAGAGAGUCGUAUGGCGCGGCACGACGAGAUGGCAUCCGAGCCACUCGAAAGGCAAGCUUCGAGAUCUACCGUAGCGACACGCUGCACCAGUCUGGAGCCCUCUCCGAUGAUUCGUCCCACAGAUGUACAACAGGAAAUCGACACCUUGGACCUGGAUUCUUUGGAACGGAGUAAUUACAAGCUCCGGGAUGCAUUCCAUCCACCUACCGCACCCCGGACACUCUGCUACUCGACGCACGAGCUUGAAAAGAACCUCCCCGCCGAGAGCCGGCCGGCCAACUUUGGCAUUGUGGUACCAGGCGUUUAUCGAAGCAGCUUUCCACAAGCCGAGGACUAUGCCUUUAUCCAGGGUCUUAAGCUCAAAACUAUUGUGACGCUGGUGCACAAGGAAUUCCCCCGGGGUUACGAUGCUUUCCUCCAUAGAAAUGGCAUCCAACAUGCCAUCUUCGACAUGAAGGGCACUAAGAAAGAGUCAAUUCCUGUCGCGACUAUGGAGUCCAUUCUUCGCGUGGUAUUGGAUCGCCGAAAUCACCCCUUGCUCAUCCAUUGUAACCACGGCAAGCAUCGCACCGGUUGCGUUAUUGGCGUUAUCCGCAAACUUUCGGGUUGGAACCUGAGCAGCAUAGUCAACGAGUACAAGGCAUACGCCGAGCCGAAAAUCCGAGAGUGUGACAUCGAAUAUAUCACGGGUUUCGAACCGAUCAACACCUUGAAUCUCUUUCGGGACCCGAAAGUGCCCUUUCGCGACCCCCGCUUCGCCCGGGCGAUCAUCUUCGCCCUCGUCAUCCUCAUGAUCUGGUUCGUCACGGACCUCGCAGUCGACAGAAACCGGGAUGGGGCUGAAGCACGGGUUCCCAAGUGA